CAAGCGGAGUCACCUGUAAACCAAACGCACCUCCGGGAGAAGGGAGGCGACUGUGACUUCUUCGUGUGUUCAGGAGCUCACAACAUCAAGAGCCAUGUCCAAGACUCAGUCGAGGAAGAAGGAGUCCUCCCUCAGCAAAGCGUCUUUAACCGACCGGCACACGGCAGCCGGGUCCCUGGUCGCCACCUCCUCAGAGAGCCUGGGAGAUGUGUGGAGGUGCAGGUUCCCCGUGUGGCCCGAGUGGAGCGAUGCGGAGGUCAACAAGGAGAAGUGGGACUCCAGUAAAGGAGCUGAGGAUGGAAAGAGCAGCAAGAGUGUCACUGCUCCAUUUUUUGAAGAUCCCGAGGGAAAGAUUUCCCUGCCUCCAUCCCUGAAAGUUCACUGCUGGAAACGGCCCACAGAGUUUAUUGUGGACAAGCCUCCCACCGUUGUUGAAAAUCGAACAACAUUUGACCUCCUCUCCACCAAUGAUCAUCUGAUUUGCAGUGAGCUGAUGAGGUGGAUCAUCAGUGAAAUCUGUAUUGUUUGGACGUUGUGUCGCAACACAUCUGCAGAAGAGGACUGUUGGAAACCUUGGGAGCACAUCUACUCACUGUGUAAGGUGGUGAAAGGUCAUGUGCCACUUUACAACAACUAUGGGAAAUACUUGGUCAAGCUCCACUGGAUGGGUACUUGGAGAAAGAUAACAGUUGAUGACUGCAUGCCAUUUGAUGAAGAAAACAACCUCCUCCUCCCUGCCUCCACCUGUCAGUCAGAGCUGUGGCCGAUGCUGCUGGCCAAGGCUCUCAUUAAAGUGGCCAACACAAACGUAGUGUCAGAGGUCUCUGGGGAGAUGGGCGAGUUCACCUUCAUCAACACACUCACCGGCUGGAUCCCAGAAAUCAGGCCUUUACAAUCUUUUUACCUUGGAAGAAUCUGGGAUUUCUUACGGGAGACCAUUCCAGUAUUUACACUCCCAAAUGAGAGUUUGCCAGAAGAGAAGAAGCCUCAGGCUGCAGAUCCAGCUUCAGGGAGAGAUUCCAGCCUGAACGACACCAGGAGCCAGCUUCCAGAGCGAGAAAAGAGUACCCCUGAGGUUGUGGUGUGUGUCAGCUACAACACUUUUCAGCCACAUCACAGUUCCCUUGGGUUUGGACAAAUGGCUAAUUCCUCCGAGGUCCUGCGUCAGUACAGUCUCUCCUUGCUGUACAGCCACAUCGCCCUGCUGACUAGAACCCGUUCGUGCCAGCUGGAGGCGCCACCCAAACCGCUACCUGUACCUCGAUGGAAAUCCAUCCGCCCGCGCAAGGAGUUUUUGUUCACUGAUGAACCGCGGAAGCCUCCUUUGUCAAAACCAGAGCAGUUCAUUGAGGUUGCCAGUCCUUUUCUUACCUGCCGGUUGAAGAGCGGCAUUGGCUCGAUCCCAAAGCUAGAGGCCAAACAGGGUGCUCAGAGGAUGCAUUCCCAUGGAUCCCCUCUGGUGCCCAUUGCUGAGAGAGAGGGGACUGACUGCCGAGACGGCCUUGAGCCUGAUGCAGCUGAACACAAAGCUAACUCACCAAGCAACAGUGGCAACAUAAAGGUUAUUGCAGAGGACAGGAAGAAGGACGAUGAUGACAUCUCUCGUGAUCGACCCACAACUGCAAGAGAGGAGCCUGUAACUGAAAAAACAUCAGUUCUUGUCAAACCCCUCUUACAGAAGAUCUGGAUGGACCUUGAUGACUUUGCUAAAUGCUUUCAGACUCUGUUUGUGUUCCAUAAAUCUCAGAUGUACCCUCAUCAAGUCCAAAAAUCUCAUUCUAAGGGCAUCGUCGUGCCCAAAACUGCAACAGGUAGCAACUGCUCUGGAUCAUCGUCACACUCUCUCGCCACCGGAUCCCUCUCUGUGACAUCUGAUGUUGCAAACCCAGAAUGUCCAGAGGUGAGAGGCACUCACUACCUGUGUGUGGACAGCGUGCAACCUUCCCAGAUCCUCAUAAGCUUCUCAGUUCUGCUUCUCUGGGGAGUUACAGCUGAGGAGAAAAAGGAAAUAGCAGCAGCUUGUAGCUCAGCAAUUCUCAUCGCCCAGCCUCACUCAUGGAAGAGUGCACAGUCUCAGCUGCCUGUUCUCACCAUCAAAACCACCUCAUCUAAGGCAGCCAUGCUUGACUUACCUCCAGGGCGUCAUGUGUUGUCUUUCCACACUAAGGCAGCACUGGGCUACCAUGUUCAUCUGUGCAGCAAGACACCGUUCAUCUUUGGGGAUGAAGACACUGUGAUGCCACAUCUUACCAAGGAAAGUGCUCGUUUUACAGAGCAGGCUUCGUACAUCUUGCGAGCCCUGUCCAGAGUGGCGAUGUCCUUCGGUGAUGAGCACGAGCGGUCGGCUCUCAGAAGAACCCUAGAGGAGGCUCAUCAUCCGCAAAAUAUCAACACCCCCCUGGGAAAAUGGGAGCACCUCAGGGUGUUCAACUCUGCAGUUUACCACACGCUGUGUGAGGCUCUGGGCAGGAAGCUGGCUGCAGAGGAGCGGUUUGCUUUACUGGCCCUCACUGCUGACACUUCCCUCUUAAACCAUGGGUGCAAAGAAGACUCCCCUGCAGAUGCAGAGUCAAAGCCUCCAGAAAACUGGAGAGACAGGCAGCCCUCGAACAAGGAGGUCAAAGCAGUCACUGUUCUUCAAGCUGGUUUCAAAGGACACUUGGUGCGAGAAAUCCUUAAAGCCUCAAAGCCUGGCACAAAGGAGAACCUCGGUGCUGCAAAGAUCCUUUCAGACAUGUGGACGAAGGUUGAGUCAGAUGUUGACAAACAUGCAGCAUUUUUGCUACGGUAUAUAAUUGACCACCACUCUGAAGGGAACGCAAAGCUCUACCCGUGUCAGCAGGAUGAAUGGACCAAAAUCACCUUUGCUGAUUAUUCUGUAUCUCUUCAAGACACAGCCAACUCCUGGGUCUUGGUUUUCAGAGAGGUUUUCCUAGUUCCUAAGGAGAUGCUGCUGGUACCGAAGAUCUACUCCCCGAUCCCUAGUCUGCUGCACGUCAUAAAUAAUGACACAGGAGAGGAACUGGACAUGAUCUUCAACAAACUAGCAACUCAUGUGUAUCAACCCAACAAGCUUGGCUAUACCUUCGUAGCAGAGGCUGUCACACCUGAAUCGCCUGUUGUUGCUGCCAAGUGGAGGAUGCGCCUGAUCGGAUCAAGGGAACCUCUCCCAAAACUGGCCCGGGAGGCUCCGCUCAACAAUUUCUCAGUGAAGGAAUUAGGGGAUUAUUACAUUCCCAAUGAUGACAACCUCAUAUGUCGUUACCUUGUGCAGGUGACAACAGACGUCCAAGGAACAAUUCAGAUUCAGACUUCCUCGCCAGAUGUCUUGAUACAUCUUUCAAUUCUGGACCAGGAGAAAGAGGUGGCCGGCAAAACUGGGAAAGGCCAUGUGGUAAUUCCUGUAUUCUGCUUCCUGGCCGACAAAGAUGAGAAGAGCCAGGAGCAGAGUAUAAGCCCCACCCAGGACAAGAGAGUCAAAGUGGUAGAUGCUCCCCCACAAAAUGCUGAGAAAUCGGACUCCUCGCCUGACCAGCACCAGCCUCCCACAGAGACUAUGGGUCAUAAGUAUGUGGUGCAGGCUGAGGUGCUUCAUAAGAGCUGGGAUUUGGAUGAAGCUCAGUCGGCUUUUGUCCAUCUGCUUGGAGACUUGGAGAAGAAUGAAAUGAGAGAGAACAAGGAGGACGUGAAGUGUUCACCCAGCACUGACACACCGAGCCAGGAUGUGCACAAGUCUGGCACCUCUAAAACCAACUGCAAAGGCGAAGGGGACAAAGAGAAGGGGAAGCCAGCUGCCACUUCCAAGUCUGGCUCCAAGCAGGAAACGAGCCUUGACCUGACUAAGCCGCACUGGACGCUGCGUGUGGUCAGCGACAAGAGUAAAGCAGAGAGCAUGGAGGUGAAGAAGGACACAGAGAGAGUGGACCAGAUUCAAUCCAUUAAAAAGGCCUGGGAGAUGGUCGAGCCAGGCCGCUGUGCCAAGGCUUUACAGUCACGUCUCCAAUUUCUAAAACAAGUCCAACCUCAAGAAGAAGAAGAAGUCGGCAAAGAGCUUGCUGCUCCCACAUCUAGUCCUGACACCUCUCCAUCCAAUCAGAAGCUGACUAAUACCUCCUCCGCCUUUACCCAAAUGGACUACACACCCUUUAUCAGACGCCAAAAAGAGUUUCCUGUGCUGAUGGACACACGGAUGGAGGAGAUCCAGGAGAGGGAGCGCUUAGAAAAGAUCCAGAGCUACCGUUUGGUUCGAGACAACGUGCUGGAGCACCAGAAACAGCAGGAGCUUAACAGGAAGGAGCUCAUGAGACGCCAGCUGGAGAUACAUGAGAACAUGCAGGCGGCCUUGUGGAAGCGCCAUAACAACUUUCUCGACGCUUGCAAGGCAUUUAGUAGCCGUCAGAUGGCGGACGCGAAAAAGGAACAAGAGGUGAAACAAGCACUGGAGGAGGCCAAGCAUGCAGUUCUAGAAAAAACAACCCCCACCUCUGCUGCCACUCAGCAGUCCGACAAAUGUGCCAAGUCUGCUGGCAAGAAGAAAUGAUCGCCAUUGGCACCAACUUCCUGUCUCAGUUCUCCUCUCAACAAGUCUGUUUGAACACUGAAAGAUCUUGUUGAUUAUCUCUUUCUUAUGUUUUCUCACUCUAUAAAAACAAGGACUUAUAUAUAUAUAUAUAUAUAUAUAUAUAUCUCCUUCAUCUGUCUUAUAUAUCUUGCAUCAACAGAGCCACUGUUAGCCUACAAACACAAUCUUUGUAUCUCCUGUAGAACAUAUUAAAUAUAAUCAAUUCUACAUUACAAAAUGGCUGUUAUUGGCUGUGUGCAGACAUGUAAACCCACUGAGAAUGUCCAGCCAUCUGAUUGGUAAGGCAUGACGUUGACUUGGAUGCCCAGUUUGCCUGAAUAUAUUCUGGGAGUCUUUUGUUGUCUUGAAGGUCACUGUAUUGACUGCGCGACCCUGAGGCAUGCUGGGUACAGCCACCCUCCCACAAGCUGAGUGGUACUGAUUGAUUGUCUGAUUGAUAGAAGCCCACAAGAGUCCAUUUGUUGGAGACCGAGACAAAGGGAUGAGUAUGAAAAUGCAGCAUGGGCAGGUGACAGAUCUCAAGGCUGAAGUCAAUGUGUUUCAGAACAGAUGGUUAGGUUGCUAAUGUGCAUGAAACUGUUGUUUUAUAAAUAUAAUCCGUUAUGUUUUUAAAGAAUGACAUGGUCAAAUAAGUGCUCUUUAUCUAGCUCAAUAUGUGAAGUGCAUCUUUCUGGUCGUCCUGCAGAGAGUCAGCUGAGCCGCUGAGGAAUGGGAAGCCAAAUUGGAAAUGAAAAGGGAGAUGGUGCCAUCUAGUGGCUGUGGACAUUUAAUAAAUUCUCAUUACCACGCCUGCAUUAGGUUGUUUUCAAGGUUGACAAUAAUGAAUAGUUCAAUUCUGAGCUGCUGCAUGAAGAAAAUGAUCAUUAUGCUGUGUGUGUGCAUGUGUUAGAGUUGGAUGGGAGUGGAGAUGCGUGUGUGUGUGUGUACAAGACGUCAGGAUGAAAAUAAUUCUGUGUGGCUUGUAUUUAUGGGCAUGUGCACAGUCAUUCUGCAGCAGCAAUCUGCUCUGCUCUACAGCUUUUGUUGCCUGUUGCUGACGACGCCCUUAUUAAAAUUCUUCUAUGUGGGAAAUUAUUCCCUUUCGUUAUGAUGUUGGAGCCAAAUUAGGAAAACACAGCAUAUGAAUGAGAUCUUAGUUCUGGACACACAAGUGAAUUUGUCGACACGUGGUCUCGCAUGCGUGCAUUACUCAGUGUUUUCUCUGCUCAU